AUGGCGCUGACCACGGACUACUCCAAGCUGAGCGACGUCAUCCACCAGUCGCCCGAGUCGCCCUCUCUCUACAACCAAGCAAAGUACCACACACAGAAACAAAAUUAUUCCUUUUACGACAUAAAGCGCUUCAUGUGUUUGGGAAGCACCAUCCCUGACCAUGCCAAGUACGAUGUGGAUCUCUUACUCGACCAAGGAGAAAAAAAAUGCAAAGAAAUUUUAACGGAGUCCUUCAAAGUGGAAGGUUUCAAAUAUUGCACUACCAAUAACACAGACAAUGCCAAGUUUGCCAAGCUUUUUAGUGACCACUACUCUAAUUUGUUUUACUGCAUGCACCUGCACAAUGAUGAUAAAAAAUGCAACUCACUCUUUAAGAACUUUUACGAAACGAUUAGUCAUGACCAGCUCGCGGCGAAGAAGUAG